AUGGCCGCGUGGACCAUGCGGGCAUUUCCGAGUAGAGUAAUUGGUUCCAUCCAAUUUGGACCUGGAGAGAUCGAAAGGGCCCCCGAACCUUGGACGCUCAACGGCGACCUCCUCGGCACCCUCUAUUUUGCGCGUAUCGCCGCUGUCUUCCUGCGUCAGGAUGCUUCCCGGGAAGCCGACAGGUCUUUGGUGCUGGUCAGCUCCAUUGCGGGCUUUACUGGAUCCCCGGGCCUGCCCUUGUACUCUGCCUCGAAGCACGGUGUUCUGGGACUGAUGUGCGCCCUGCGCACCUCCCUGCCCGACACGCACAAGAUCAGCGUCAGUGCCGUGUGUCCCUGGACGUCGGCCAAAGGCAUGGAGGACGAGAUUGCCGGGCUGGCCGCCUGGGGGAGGAGGGCAACGCGGAAGACCAUCUACGUGGAGGGAGGGAGGCCGGGGCUGGGAUGUCGAGGCGGGGUUAGAUCAGACCCGGGAGCUGCAGAAUGCCAACUGGAUGGAGGGUCAGCAGCUGCUGCGGUCUCUUCCAGGGUCGGCGGAAUUGGUCUGUUCAAACCGAUGGAUGAGGAUGGAUCAUAA